CCCAGAAUCAGGAAGUAGGAUGCCGUGACAGACAUUAGUAGGCAGAAGGAAAUGGGCACCACCACCACACAAUGUCACUAUGUCUGCUGCUGCUCCUGUCCAUGGUAACACAAGGACGAGAGGGAGGAGAGGCCACAGGGAAAUGACCCCAUCGUCGAUCAUGUUGCUGCUGGCUCUGACAGCCUGCCUGGCUGGGACUGUGUUCUGCCAGGGUGAUGAGGACACAAGUAUUGUUGAAGAAACACAAACAGAAAACGAUGCUUGGUUCUCAGUGAUCCCAACUGUAAGUGAUGCUACCCCUACACCAGACUCAUACCUAUCAUCUGAGAGUCCUUCAGAGGGAUAUGAGACUGAAGCUGAAGCUGGUUCUGGGUUCAGUCCAGGUGUCAAUAUAGAAGGGGAGGAUCAUCUCAAAUCCUCUGAAGCACCACUGGAGGACAGUCUGAGUCUCACCUUCGUCCUGGUUCCUGUUGUGCUGGUGGUAGUGAUAAUCGCCAUGGUAGUGGGCGUAGUCAUAAUCAACCGCAGAUGGAAUCGGAAAGGAAAGAGCAAUUCUGAUAACGUAGAAGAGGAUAAAUAUUUGCAUGGUAGCGAUGACACAGAAAAAGUACCUAUGCCCAUGUUUGAGGAUGAUGUCCCCUCUGUGUUGGAGCUGGAGAUGGAAGACCUGGAACAGUGGAUGAAUAAAGAUGGUGGAGUUCGAAUGGACUCUGGACAAGGGAUCUAACAUGAGAUCAUGGCUAGUCUCUAAAGAGUCACGGAGUCAGUCAAUUCUCUCUCUCAACCGUCCUCUUGCUGUACUGCCGGUGACAAAGGACAUUUCCCCAUCGCAGGGAAGGACCUUCUGUUACCCAGCCGCACUGUAGGCUUCUUCUAUUCAUGUCAAUGUCAAAGCAACGUCAUCAACCGACCACAUUGACAACAACACCUCCACCCCAGGUGACUGCAAAAAACAGCAUAAACAAAAGACAAGUAACAAUAAAUGCACAAGUUAAACUUUUUUAGAACGUAACAUCUUAAAAUCUGCGCACUCCACCGUCAAAUGUACUGUGGUAUAGACUCUAUGGAGAAACAGUGUGUGGCAAUAGUCCUUUCACUAUACAGAUCCUGAUUGUGGUCGGCCUAAUACUGAAUGAUUUUUGCAAUGCCAUCAACUCAGUACAGUGCCUUUUUAGUCAUUGUUUCAAGUUCAUCUACACUUUUUAUGUGAUUGUUUUACUGUCUUUUAUAUUCAGCUGUCACGCAGUGAGAGAGGAAGGAGUAAAACACAGGAGGUUGGUGGCACCUUUAUUGAGGAGGACAGGCUCGGGGUAAUGGCUGGAAUGGUAUCAAAUGCAUCAGACACUUGGUUUCCAUGCGUUUGAUGUCAUUCCAUUCGCUCCGUUCCAGCCAUUAUUAUGAGCUGUCCUCCCUUCAGCAGCCUCCUGUGGAGUAAAACAUGUAAAACUAUUGCUGAAAGCAGGUGUCGGUAGCCAUGUUCUGACACCCAGACAACAAUAUCAGGACUUGACCUCCAAAGAUCCUACAGGCCCCCCCCCCUUUACAACAUAAACACAUAUUCCAUGCCCACAGUAAAGCCAGACCCUUAUUCCAACGGCCAGCUAACCCAGUCCCAUGAUAGAUAUGAUGGCUCUAACCCAGUCCCAUGAUAGAUAUGAUGGCUCUAACCCAGUCCAAUGAUAGAGAUGAUGGCUCUAACCCAGUCCCAUGAUAGAUAUGAUGGCUCUAACCCAGUCCCAUGAUAGAUAUGAUGGCUCUAACCCAGUCCCAUGAUAGAUAUGAUGGCUCUAACCCAGUCCCAUGAUAGAUAUGAUGGCUCUAACCCAGUCCCAUGAUAGAUAUGAUGGCUCUAACCCAGUCCCAUGAUAGAUAUGAUGGCUCUAACCCAGUCCCAUGAUAGAGAUGAUGGCUCUAACCCAGUCCCAUGAUAGAUAUGAUGGCUCUAACCCAGUCCCAUGAUAGAUAUGAUGGCUCUAACCCAGUCCCAUGAUAGAUAUGAUGACUCUAACCCAGUCCCAUGAUAGAUAUGAUGGCUCUAACCCAGUCCCAUGAUAGAUAUGAUGGCUCUAACCCAGUCCCAUUAUAGAGAUGAUGGCUCUAACCCAGUCCCAUGAUAGAUAUGAUGGCUCUAACCCAGUCCCAUGAUAGAUAUGAUGGCUCUAACCCAGUCCCAUGAUAGAGAUGAUGGCUCUAACCCAGUCCCAUGAUAGAUAUGAUGGCUCUAAGCAGACUGGCUAGUGUCUCCUCCUCUGUCCCUUCUGGUUGUAGUAUACAGACUGCACGUGGAUCUCUCUCUCUCUGUCCCUCUCUCUCUCUCUGUCUCUCUUUCACUCUCUCUUUCUCUGUCUCUCUCUCUGUCUCUUUGUCUCGCUCUGUCUCUCUCUCUGUCCGUCUCUCUCUCUUUCACUCUCUCUCUCUAUAUAUCUCUCUCUGUCUCUCUUUGUCUCUCAAUUCAAUUCAAGGGCUUUAUUGGCAUGGGAAACAUGUGUUAACAUUGCCAAAGCAAGUGAGGUAGAUAAUAUAGAAAUUUAAUAUAUAAAGUGAAAUAAACAAUAAAAAAUAACAGUAAACAUUACACAUACAGAAGUUUCAAAACAAUAAAGACAUUACAAAUGUCAUAUUAUAUAUGUAUAUAGUCUCUCUCUGUCUCUCUCUCUCUCACAAACUCCGACUCUAAUUGCUAAACCCUGCCUAUUGUUUUAUGCAUGAGAUAACUGAGAACUGCUGGUACACUGCUUUGCUUUGGUUCAUGCGCAUCACACAAUGCUAAAGCUGUUUAGAAUUCAAGAGCGAUUAGGGAAGGUAAUUUCUGAGAUAGUCUGUGAGAUAUUUUCACAGAGUGCAAAAUUCAGUUGGGUUGUUGUAUACAGUGACUGUCUUGUGAUGUUUUGUUUUCCCUGAUUUUCUUUGAGAAACAGUAUUUCACAAUUACUGUCAUUCCUUCCUAAGCAUGUCAUUCCUUUUGAUGGUACACUGUCUUUCAUUGGUUGAAUAUGUUUUUCCUCCAAUGAUAGUGGUGUUGUUGAUAUGCAAUCUGAAUCUACAAAUUCUCGUCACAUCGGUGUAUAAAUGUUUUGCUCAGCUCUACAUGGCAGUCAGUAUUUUGCAGUAACUUUCAUUGUAAAUAUGUUGAAGAUUUUUUUUUUUUUACUCGCGUGUAUAUUUUUUAAAUGUGUAAAUUGUGCUUGAUUUUAUGCAAAUAUUGAUAUUUGCUUAUGGUCAUUGGAGUGAAUUUGGUCCCUCAAUCUCUGUUAGGUCCUCAUACUUGUCAGUAAUCCAAGUGUUACAGCAGUAGUUAUUGUAAUAAAGAGUAAUCAUUUCAACAAGGAACCAACUGUCCGGCCAAUACAUUUUCAUAUUUGUAAAUCAUCAAUAAAUCUGUGACGCGCUA